AUGGCGUUCGAAUCGUCUUCCCCCGUGGGAGGACCGCUGGUGUCUGACGAGAAAUACGUCCAAGGCAUUAGCGACAAGCCCGUAGGCGAUGGCCCGAACCACGACAUCGCGGCAGGCCAGGCCGGCGAAGAGGGCCUGAAGCGUGAGCUCAACUCGCGCCACUUGCAAUUCAUCGCCAUCGGUGCUGCGCUCGGUACGGGUCUGUUCCUGGGUAUUGGCGGUGCUCUGUCCAAGGCCGGCCCAGGCUCUCUCUUCAUUUCCUUUUUGUUCCUCGGCAGCGUCGUCUUCUCCAUCAUGGUGGCGCUGGGAGAGAUGGCGUCAUACAUUCCCGUCACGGGAGCCUUUACUGUCUAUGCGUCUCGGUUCAUGGAUCCCACGCUGGGUUUUGCCAUGGGUUGGAUCUAUUGGUUCAGUUGGGUCAUCACCAUCGGUCUGGAAUUGACCGCUAGUGGCCUCAUUAUCCAGUACUGGACUGAGUCUGUCAGCAUCGGAGUCUGGAUUGCCAUUUUCUGGGUGGUCUUCACAGCUGCGCAGUUCCUGCCGACCUUCAUCUUUGGCGAGAUGGAGGCCUACCUCUCCAGCAUCAAGGUCAUUACCAUCAUCGGCUUCGUCAUCUUCGGCAUCUGUGUCAACGCUGGUGUUGGUGACCAGGGCUACAUUGGCUUCAAGUACUGGAGAGAACCUGGUGCUUUUGCUGAGUACAUGGUUGAUGGCGCCAUUGGCAAGUUUGUUGGUUUCUGGACUGUGCUCAUCACCGCUGGAUUCAGUUUCCAGGGAACAGAGCUGGUCGUCAUCGGUGCUGGUGAAACGGCCAACCCUCGCAAGACCAUCCCGUCUGCCAUCCGAUGGACGUUCUGGGCCGUCUUCCUGCUCUUCAACUGCACCGUAUUCUUCGUCGGCAUCAACGUGCCCUACGACAACCCCGACCUCCAGAACGGAUCGACCAACGCCUCGGCCUCGCCUCUCGUCAUCGUCGCCAAGCUUGCCGGCAUCCAGGCCCUUCCCUCCAUCAUCAACGCCGUCCUGCUAACCGCCGUCCUGUCCGCCGCCAACUCGGACAUCUUCUCCAGCAGCCGUAUCUUGGUUGCCAUGGCCGGAGAGGGCCACGCGCCCGCCUUCUUCAAGAAAGCCAACCGAUACGGAACUCCGUACUACGCCGUCGCCGCCUGCUCGGCGUUCGGACUGCUGGCCUUCCUCAACCUGUCCAACAACGGAACAGUUGUGUUCAACUGGCUGCUAAACAUCACGGCCGUCGCCGGCUUCAUCAGCUGGUCCCUCAUCAACCUGUGCCACAUCCGGUUCAUGAAUGUGCUCAAAUACCAAAACAUCCCCCGUGACGAGCUCCCAUACAAGGCCCCCUUCCAGCCCUACCUCUCGUGGUUCGGCUUCGGCUUCAAUCUCCUGAUUCUGAUCACAAACGGCUUCACCGUCUUCAUCGAGUGGAACACGAGCAACUUCUUCGCGUGCUAUGUUAGCGUCAUUCUCUUCAUUGUCCUCUAUGUCGGCCACAAGAUUGUCUACAGGACCACGUGGAAGUGGAUUCCCCUUGCAGAGGUGGACAUUUCCAAGGGCCGAUCCGAUAUGUGA